AUGGCAGCCAGCAGGAGGCUGAUGAAGGAGCUAGAAGAGAUCCGCAAAUGUGGGAUGAAAAACUUCUGUAACAUCCAGGUUGAUGAAGCUAAUUUAUUGACUUGGCAAGGGCUUAUUGUUCCUGACAACCCUCCAUAUGACAAGGGAGCCUUCAGAAUCAAAAUCAACUUUCCAACAGAGUACCCAUUCAAACCACCGAAGAUCAUAUUUAAAACAAAGAUCUAUCACCCAAACAUUGAUGAAAAGGGGCAGGUCUGUCUGCCCAUAAUUAGUGCUGAAAACUGGAAGCCAGCAACCAAAACCGACCAAGUAGUCCAGUCCCUCAUAGCACUGGUGAACGACCCCCAGCCCAAGCACUCGCUUCGGGCUGACCUAGCUGAAGAAUACUCUAAGGACCGUAAAAAAUUCUGUAAGAAUGCUGAAGGGUUUACAAAGAAAUAUGGGGAGAAGCGACCUGUGGGCUAA